AUGUCAGGUGGGGUUGGUCCAAGCAGUGACAUAAGGCUGCCGAAAGAAGAAGAAGAAGAAGAAAUUCAUCAACGGAAGGCUAGUUUUCCCAAGGAAGGGGGCACUCAAAGUCAAAAGCCUCCUCAGCCCUCCCGAAGAGGGUUCUUCACUUUUCGGCAGCUAAAUGCGCUGGCUGUGAUUAUCGUUCUCUCAGCUAGUGGAAUGGUCAGUAUCGCAGAUUUCGCUUUUGUAAUCUUUUCUCUAGUCUACAUAUACUUCAUAUCAACGGUUGCCUUUCCAAAUCAUUCCCCCUACGCGGAUCCCCCUGUCUUCGGCCAAAGAAACAGGAUCCUAAGCCUUUACGUUUUUAUCGGAGCAUUAGUCGGAUUGCUUUUCCCAAUAGCAUAUAUUUUCCAUGGGAUUUUCGAGGGAGACAAGGAGGGGAUCAAGGCUGCCGCACCCCAUGUUUUUCUCCUUUCCGCUCAGGUUUUCAUGGAAGGGGUGUCUUUCAGCGGUGGGUUUUCGCUCCCUAUUCGAGUUUUUGUCCCCGUUUUCUAUAAUGCGAGGAGGAUCUUCACUAUUGUGGAGUGGUUGAGGAGUGAGAUUUAUAAGGUGGAAAUGGAAUAUGGUGGCAGUGCUAGAAGGGUGUAUAUUGGGAGAGCUCUUGCUGUGGCUAAUAUGGCCUUUUGGUGCUUCAAUUUGUUUGGAUUCUUGUUGCCUGUUUACCUUCCCAAGGCCUUCAAGAUAUAUUAUUCUUCUUCUGUCCGCAAGGCUAAGGACUAA